UUUGUGUUUUGUUUUGGAUUUAUAACCUUAUAGCAGCGCAAUACCCAUUGAAGUUUUAAUUCAAAUAAAAAUAUUUAUUUAUAAAAAUAAUGACAGCGACUGUAGCAAAAACUGGGCCUAACUUACCAUGGGUUGAAAAGUAUCGGCCAAAUAAACUAGAUGAUUUAAUUUCUCAUGAAGAAAUCAUUAAAACAAUAAACAAAUUUAUUGAUGAAAAUCAAUUACCUCAUUUACUACUUUAUGGACCACCAGGUACUGGAAAAACUAGUACAAUCCUUGCAUGUGCUAAAAAACUUUAUACUCCACAACAAUUUAAUUCAAUGGUUUUAGAAUUGAAUGCAUCAGACGAUAGAGGUAUAGGAAUAGUAAGAGGUCAAAUAUUAAGUUUUGCAAGUACUGGAACUAUGUACAGAUCAGGAUUCAAAUUGAUCAUAUUAGAUGAAGCUGAUGCAAUGACUAAUGAUGCUCAAAAUGCUUUAAGAAGAAUUAUAGAAAAGUAUACUGAUAAUGUUAGAUUUUGUAUCAUUUGCAAUUAUUUGAGUAAAAUCAUUCCUGCAUUACAAUCUCGUUGCACGAAAUUCAGAUUUGGACCUCUUGCUGAAAAACAAAUCAUGCCUCGUUUGGAACAUGUUAUUAAAGAGGAAAAAGUUGAUGUAACAAAAGAUGGUAAAGAGGCCUUAAUAACAUUGAGUGGUGGUGAUAUGAGAAGAGUGUUGAAUGUUUUACAAAGUACAUGGCUAGCUUUUGAAAAAGUCAAUGAGAAAAAUGUCUACUUGUGUGUUGGCCAUCCCCUUCCUAACGAUAUAAAAAAUAUUAUUAACUGGCUAUUGAAUGAAAAUUAUGAAACUGCAUAUAACAAAAUUCAAGAUUUAAAAACGAAAAAAGGACUUGCACUCCAAGAUAUUUUAACAGAAAUCCAAGUACUCGUAAAUAAAAUUGAGUUCCCUGAUGAUGUUUUGAUUGACUUAAUAAUUAGGAUGGCUGAAAUAGAGAAAAGGGUUAUUAGUGGUUGCAAUGAAGCUGUGCAGCUUAAUUCUUUGGUUGCUGCCUUUCAAAAACCACGAGAAAUAGAAAUCCCAUAAAUUAUGUGGACGGACUAGAUUAAAAUUAUUGUUAUAAGUUUGUAAAAAAAAUAUUUUAAUAUAAAAAAUCAAAUAUGUACAUUUGUAUUACAUUAUUUUUACAUUUUUCCAAACAAUAUUUAAUCUUAAA